UGGACCAGACAGAGUUGCAGGUUAUGGUCAUGUGAUGGACCUGGCUGAGUAUUUGUUUCAUUUAAAAGACAAGGAAAGUAAGGCCAUCACCAACGCAGAAGCUGACCACAUCGUGAAACUGUGGUGUAAAAUGUCCCCUUACGACCAGUCGCCGUCAAAAUAUAAGGACCGACAUCAGACCCAGCUGAUCAAGGGACGCUUCAAGGCAACAAAGACAACCCGGAUACAGCUGGUUCCUGGAGUCCAGAGUGUCAGAAGAUGUGCUUUGGCCCCACACCUUGGCCCAGCCACCUGGCCUGACUGUAACAGGUAUCAGGAAGCCUUGCUGGUCAAGUUGUGCGCAGCCUUUCCGGGUUCCACCACCAAAGAUGGCGUUCAACAGGCGCGGUGGCGGACAGUACUGGAGAAGUACAACCUAAUAAGAGAGAUGGUCUUCAACAGUCAGCGCGUGAUACAGAAUACACGCAUUCAGCUGUCUGAUAUAAACCAGCGCACCUUGGCUGCUUGGUUCAGUGCUCGUGGAAAGCGCAGAGAAAGAACCUUGCUGGAACAGGGACUUGCCCUUCAGUCAGUUCCACUGGUAGCGCCUGAAUCACUGCCAGCGCCCCUUAAAAGGCCAGUUUCCUUGGAAAUGGGAACCACUGAACCACACAAGUUCCCCAUCCAGAUCACCACGAAAGGCUCCCUCAUUCAUCAAGUGCGCAGAAGAAUUCUGCCACCAGAUGAGGUAAAGCAUGAAGUGCCGGUGCCCAUAGCACCAGCCCCAUUGGUGCGUUUUGUGACUGCUCCCGCCCCUGACCUGGCACUGACUUCGUCGAUUUCAGCCCCAGCCGAAUCUUACCUGCCAUACUCUACAAAGCAUUACAGGAAGAGGAAGCUGGAGGCUGAGCAGGCAGGGGAGUUCCGGAGACAGUACCACAAGAAACUGCCCUACCGCAGCUGCAACAAAUGUUUUGAGGACAGGAAUACGGGUGGGCACAAACAGUACUAUGGAAAUUGGUGGUGACCCUUCAAGUCAUCAGAGUCUUAUGAAGAGUGGAUAGAUGCUCUUAAGUUGAAGGACUAUGGAAAGAAGAAACCAAAUGAAAAAAGUUAAACAUUAAUAGCUGGACAUUCAUCAUUCACACUUAAACAAUAUCUGGAUAUAAUAGCAUUUUCUGACACUGUGCUUUUGGGCUUAUACAACAACAGUAUUAACAUUUACUUUAACGACAACAGAAUUAAUAUCAACUUUAGUAACAAUUAAACAAAUCUUAAUGCUGCCUAGCUUUUAUUGAGAAUUA